CAUAGUUCAUACCCAGUAGUUUGCAUUCAAAAAAAUUAGAAACAUGUGUGAUAUCAGUGAUGUCAAGAAGACCCCAUUUGUGAUUAUCUAUUUUGUAAAUUUUCACUUAAUUCUUGCUCAAGUAAGCCUACCCCCCGCAUUCAUCCCCAACGAUCAACGUCGAGAUCCUUACAAUAAUAACGGUAGGGGAGAUCCCUAUAAUAUUGACGGUAGGGGUUUUUCGAGUUCAACACCUUUUCCGCCCUAUAGUUCUACCCCUUUUCCUCCCAGAGACUUCCCGUACAAUCCUAACGACCCUAGAAACGACUACAACCAAAAUUUCGGGCAAAGACCCAGUGAUUUACCACCUAGUUUUGUCUCGAAGACUAACGUAAACAAUCCUCAAAAUUUUAACAAUCGACAGGGCGACUUUUCGGCGCAAAGACCUCUCAAUCCUCAAAAUUUCGGUGGUAGGUCUUUUGACGACGAUUUCAACAGGAGAAAUCGGGUCGAUGGAGAUAGAGAUAUUAGAGGGUUGUUACAGGCGUUGGAUAUUCAAGCUUCUCAAAUGUGCACGAAUAACGUAGCUGCUCAAUGGAACUUUGAGACCAACAUCAAUGAGGCUACUCAAUUGGAAGCUAUCAAUGCCCAACAAUUUUACUCGGAUUUCCAACACGGAGUCUGGGACCUGCUCAAUAAGGUGGGCAAUAUCAAUAGCCUGGAUCCCCAAACAUUUAGACAAAUUAAAUAUUACUCAGUGAUAGGGCCUUCGGCAUUACCUCCAGAAGAAUUAGAUAGGUACAAUCGACUGAUUAACGACAUGCUGGUCCUGUACAAUACUGGCUCGAUAUGUGCCUUCAAUGAUCCUCUACAUUGCGGACUAAGACUACAACCAGAUCUGUCCAAAAUCAUGGCCAAGAGCAGAAACUGGGAUGAGCUGCAGUACGUUUGGACUGAAUGGAGGAGAAACUCAGGGCAGAAGAUGAAAGACGCGUACGAGCAGAUGGUAAAGGUAUCCAAUAAUGCUGCCAGAGCAAAUAAUUUUACUGACACUGCCGAUUACUGGAGCUUCCCAUUCGAAUCUCCAUCCUUGAUGUUAGACAUGGAAGAUGCCUGGGAAGAAGUAAAGCCCCUAUAUGAGCUCCUUUUGACUUACGUACGACGCAAACUAAGAGAAUAUUACGGACCUGAGAAGAUCAAUAGACAGGCACCUUUACCAGCCCACAUUCUGGGCAACAUGUGGGGUCAGUCAUGGAGCAAUAUAUUUGAUAUCACACAACCGUAUCCUGGACAAAGCUUCUUAGAUGUUACUCCAGAAAUGAUCAAACAGGGUUAUACACCACCAGAUCUAUUCAGAUUGGCAGAAGACUUUUUUGUGUCGAUGAAUAUGAGCGUUCUUCCUCUAGAAUUUUGGCAAGGAUCGGUACUUCAAGAACCGCUCGAUAGGAUAGUUCUUUGUCAACCUUCUGCCUGGGAUUUCUGCAAUCGUAGGGACUUUAGGAUUAAAAUGUGCACAAACGUCAACAUGAAAGACCUAAUAACAGCUCAUCACGAAAUGGCACACAUUUACUACUUUAUUCAAUAUAAAAACCAACCAAAAGUGUUCAGAGAUGGAGCAAAUCCAGCUUUCCACGAAGCUAUCGGUGAAGCGAUAGGUCUUUCAGUAGGCACUCCAAGGCAUCUACAAGCUUUGGGAUUAGUCCAAAAAUCCAUCGAUCGUGUAGCGGUGGAUAUAAACUUUUUGUAUUCAAUGGCUCUCGACAAGAUAGUCUUCCUGCCAUUCGCUUUGGUCAUGGAUAAGUGGCGAUACGACGUCUUCAAGGGUGUUGUUCAAAAAGAAGAAUAUAACUGCCAUUGGUGGCUUCUGAGUGAGAGAUACCAAGGUAUAAAACCACCAGUACUGAGAUCCGAAAUCGACUUUGAUCCAGGCUCCAAGUAUCAUAUUCCUGCCAAUAUUCCAUAUUUAAGGUAUUUCGUUAGCACGAUUCUCCAGUUUCAAAUCUACCGUUCCCUGUGCAUCGCCGCAGGACAGUACUCGCCCAAUGAUCCUGCUAGACCUCUCCACGAAUGCGACAUUUAUAGGAGCAAAGAAGCAGGAAGGAUCCUUACGCAAAUUAUGGAAAAAGGUUCUUCUCAAUCCUGGAGAGACGUUUUGUUUCAGGCUACAGGAGAAAGCAGACUGGAUGGAAGGGCAUUGAGGGAAUACUUCAGACCUUUGGAAGACUGGCUCAGAAAUGAGAACUUAAGAACAGGUGAAUUUGUUGGUUGGCUAUACGAUGGAGACUAUUGUAAACAAAGCAUAGAAACAGCUGGACUACAAGUUUAUGGAGGAUUUUAUAACAACUCUCAGACACCAACGAUUACCAGCUUUUUGCUCCUUAUAUCAUUAUUUUUCUGUUACAUGUUUAGUAAAACUAUACGAUGAUAUUUGAUUUAUUAGAACUUAUCAACAUGUAUUCUUGUAGGUAACCAACUGAAUAGUAUUGUCAAAUAUGUAAGAAUUAUAAAGAUUUUUAUGGUACGAUAUAAAAAUUAUUGUUUAAGUUUAAAAGUCUGGUUUCAUAAAUGAAAAUGCUAAAAAUGGAGUCGGGAGUUUAUUGAGUAAUUAAAAAAUAAGUAAAAAACAUAAUUAAUCAAAUAGGUUAUGUACGUUUUAUUUAUAAAAACCGAACUACAAUAUUCAUUCUUAAAAUAAUUUUGUCUAAAUUUUAACCACUAUGCUACUGUUCCUUCUCUAAUAUCGAUGGAAGAGCAGUAACAACACAUUUAUAUUAUAUUAGAUUUUUAAUUUAAUUAUUUUUUAAUUUAAUUCUAUUAGAGAUUUGAACCAUAUUUUCUUUGAAUGCAAAAUUAACGAGAGAUAUAUAAAUCAAUUAUAUUACAAUUUACGACAAACACAAGUUCAUUUUCCAAUUAGUAUAGAAUAUCUAAUAAGUUGUCAUGAAAUGGAAAUAUUUAAAUUACUCAUAAACUACUUGAAAGAAACAAAUAUAGUCAUUUAAAUGAAAGAGAUAUAAAUAUCACAAAACUAAUAAAUUGAGGUAAAAAUAAAACAAAAAUCUGUGGCUAACGGACCCGCAUCCAAGCCAUUUUUUCUCACACACACAUAUAUUAUAUUUCUCGCGGUAUUUUUACCAUUUUUCAGUUUCCAUUUCUGAGAUUCAGCUGCGUAAAAUUAGUAGGGCAACGAUUUUUUCUCGUGUAGGUUUCAUAAUUUUUUAUAUACCUUUUAGAUAUACAUAUCUACAGAAAGUAUUUAAAAAACCAAAUGAAUGAUGGCUCUACUAGAAAUCAAUGUGUGUGAAUGUAGUACGUUUAUCGCAGCAAUUGAUAAGUCAGUAGUAUGACAAGUGGUCUUACUAAAUCAAAACUUUACUCUUAGCCAGUGGUCGGCAAAGUGCGGCUCCGGAGCCACAUGUGUCUCUUUGGCUCCUUAGAUGCGGCUCUGGCACAAAUAUCCACGGAAGGCGCAAUAAUAUUUUCAUUGGAAAAAAACUACAUUAAAACAUUACCUACAUCUUAUUGCUCUUAAUGCUACAAUAACCGAGUUGAAAUUUUCUCCUUUUGAAAUUGGCCUUAAUAGCUUUGAAAUACAAUUUCUGGAUUUAAAAACGAGGAGGUAUGGCGCUCUAAAUUCGAACAACGUCUUUGUGUUGAAUUGGAAAUAUUGGAGAUGAAAAAAAUGUUCACAACACAAGUGGUCUGCUUUGAAUCACCUGGAGAAGGAAGACAUGAUCAUUUUCAACGCUUGGAAGAGUAGGUAUUCCUGAUUCUUAUGAGCUGAGAAAGAUCACGUUUGCUGUUCUUUCCCUUGUCGGUUCUACAUAUUAACAUAUAAAAAUAGAUUUUGCGCCAAAAAUUUUGUAAAAAAUACAGUUUUGUAUUUAGUAUAUAAAACCUUACAAUAUAAAUGAGUCAGAUAAAAUAAAAUUAUUAGAAAAAUUUUUUACUAAGCAACAACAUUUUUGUUUAAUUUAUUAAUAUUUUGUAUUUUGACAACGACAUCCGAUGUGGACGUCGAAACGUUAAUAAAAUUAUUUUGUUAGUUAAAUUGUGGCUAAUUUCCCAUUUAGAAUAGUUGCUUAAAAAACGAAAAAAAAACAGACGUUUCUACUAUGAUUAAAAACGAAUAUAUUGCCAAAAAACGAAAAAACACGUUUUAAUUUUUUGCCAGGUUAUGGAUUAUGGUUAUAGGAUUAAAAAUUUUUGGUCGAAUACUUCUUGAUGUAGAACAUGUGUGUUUAUUUGGAAUAUCGCUGGGAGCAUUUUUCACUAUCUUAACCGACUAGGCCCUUUAGUUUUAUUUAGUGUAAUAAAAGUUUUAGGUCUGGAUCCCGCGUAUGAAAAAAAAGUUGAUUAAUAGCAAGCUGAAAAUUUGUUAAUAGCUUAAGGGUGUCUAGUCGGACAAACUUUGAUAUAUGGGAACACUGGAACAGGGGAAGUUUUAAUUGUGGAACAGGUUAAAAAUUGGGAACGGUCAGACCACGAAAACGGCACAUGUAUUUUGUCCGACAGAAUAGACUUAAACUCUCCGAACAGAGAUUAAACGCUCAUGCAAAAAUCAGACUGCUAUUUAUUACCAAAUGGGCGUUUUAAUGAGUGGAACAUGUAGAAUAUGUCAAAUGACAGGAAUUAUGACAGGUGAUAAAUAGCAGUCUGAUUUUUGCAUGAGAGUUUAAUCUCUGCUCGGAGAGUUUAAGUCUGUUCUGUCGGACAAAAUACAUGUGCCGUUUUCGUGGUCUGACCGUUCCAAAUUUUUAACCUAUUCCACAAUUUAAACUGCCCCUGUUCCAGUGUUCCCAUAUAUCAAAGUUUAUUCGACCAGACACCCUUAAGCUAUUACCAAAUUUUCAGCUUGCUAUUAAUCAACUUUUUUUUCAUACGCGGGAUCCAGACCUAUUUGCUGAACAAGCAGAUUUGGCUGCCAAUUUUUUUUAAAUUGUUGUAUUGUUCCAUUCUAAACCAACUCAAUAUUAAAAAAAAGGCUGUCCACAAUAUGUCUGCAACGAAUUCUACAAUUAUUUGGUCACGUGGUUCGCAGAGGUGACGACAGUUUGGAGAGAUUAAUUGUUUCUGGAAACGUUCCGGGGAGAAGAUCAAGAGGACGAUCACCAACUAGAUGGUCUGACCAAAUAAAGCAUUCAGCUGGAAACUCAUUCUGCGAAGCUCUUAGAGCAGCUGAAGAUAGAGACCAAUGGAGAAACAUUGUUAGGAAUAUUGGAAGAAAUCACGAUCCUCAGUAAUGGGGAAACGACAGGAGAGAGAGAGAGAUUGUUCGUAUUUGGCUCUUUGGCUAAAAAGUUUGCCGACUAUUCUCUUAACUACUUCAGAUCCUCUUAGGGUUAUAAAAUGAUGGCUAGUAUGUGUUUUGAAUUUUUUAUACCUAAUAGGUACAAUUCUAUGAGUUGAUAUGUGCGUUCAAAUUGGAAUUGGAUUCUUCCCUGAAUAAAAUGUUUUCAAAAUUAUCAAACCUCCUUAUCAUUUCGUUUCAAAAUUUUAGUAGAUUCUUGUAAGAAUUUAUCUCUUGGACUAACUGGAUUUUCUAGGCGCUUAGUUAAAACCUCCCCCUCUAUCUUCUUCUUUUUGUGUAGACAUGACUCGAUCUGUUUUUUCAAUGUGCCUCCAUUAAGUUGUCGUUCCAUUGUUAUCGUGAUCUACCCACUGAUCCUCUUCCUAUUGGUAACUACCUCUCGCCGUCCUUACUACUCUAUUUGUUUUCAUUCUGCUUAUGUGGUCGUUCCAUUCUACUCUUCUGUUUCUUACCCAGGUAUUAAUGUUCUUCACCUUGCAUCUCCGUCGCAUAUCUGUAAAUUAAAACCUGUGUUUAGAAUUAACCAAAACUUGAAUUUUUGAAAGUGAAAUUAUUCAGUAUGAGUGUUGGACUUCUUUUUAAUUUAUGACAAAUUUAAAAUUUAGAUUUGGAGUUUUCAACUUUCUGUUAAUUAUAAAUUAAAGUUAUAUGAGGUAGGGCGUUGUCAGACUAAUAAAGAACUAUCCUGUUUGACUCUAAUUAGUAGACCAAGCUGACUCUGUUGACGGCACCCCGAUUUUAUAUUAACGAAAUUGUGGUCUUGAACAAUCGAUUUUAAAUUGUACUAUAAAUAUAUCAACUCUAUUUUCUGAAUAGUAAACUAGUACCCAAGGGGCUAUAGUUAUAAUUUAUUUCUUCAAUUGCGGAGCUGCCAUGUUAGAUUUUUGUCUGCCAGUUCAACCUUUUGUAUAGAAUACAUUUUUCUAGCAGUAUCUCGUUCGAUUAAAAUUAUAUGUACAAAAGUGUAAAUAUAAGUUAACAUUUUAGUUGUAAUAAGUGUUUUAAUAAACAAUUUUUGUAUAAA